AUGGAGAUAACUCCUAAAGACUCGUUAAAAUAUCUUGGAGUGUGGAUAGACAAAAAACUUAAAUUUUCAGUACGCGUCAACAAAACAGUAACUCGGGCAAGUCAGACAACUAUGGCAUUGGCUAGAAUCAUGCCCAACAUUGGAGGCCCACAAGCAAGUAAAAGAAAAGUAUUGGCAGCAGUCGCAAACUCGAUAUUGCUUUACGCUGUGCAGGCAUGGUCAACGGCAAUAAAAACAAAGAAAAAUAGAAAAGCAUAUCAGAGAGAACAAAGGCUCUCCGCGCUAAGGAUAUGCAGCGCUUACAGAACUGCACCAACUGAAGCACUUCUAGUAAUAGCGGAACAACCACCAAUAGAUUUACUGAUAGAAGAAACGUCAUAUAUGGCGUGGAAAAAGAACGUAGGAAGCAAACUCGGAAGGAAGCUAAAGCCCAAACCUUACAGCAAUGGCAAGAACGUUGGAAUGAUAAUGGAACCGAAGAGUGCAGGUGGACAAAAAAACUAA